AUAGGGUUCCUUCCUUCCCUCACUCAGCCUUUCCCCUAACAGCAGACGGCAUGAAAGGCACAAGAGAGGCUCAGUGAGGGCUGCUCUCAUCACCUGCAGACCUGGGGAAUUGAAUCUACUUCAGGAGAGGCUAUAGCUAUGGAGGGAGGGCUUCUUUGAAUGCUGGCAGGGAUGAGAAACAGAACAGACCCGAGAACUUGGACCUAAUCAGGAGGGCACUUCAACUGAGACAAGCCUCUUCUCACCUCAUCCCAAGCCCUUCCGUUUCCAGGGCUUGCUUGAUUGCUAUAGACUUUUCAAUGUGACUUUCUAGAGAUCCCAGCUUAAAAGGACUUGGGAGGGAGAAGGUUGACAGGAAUAAGCAGAGGGUUUGGUGAGAGGAGAUCCUUUAGGGGCUGAGGUUGGAGUCAGUGGUAAUUGCAGUUGUGGAGAAGUAUGCGUGUGACAGGGAGUGAGAGGCAGUUUGUAUAUGUUCCUGUGUUUUGUGUGUGGUGUGGUGUACGUGUGUGAAGAAGGAUGUGUGGGUGGGGUGAGGAGCAUGCAAAUGUGUGACUAGGUGUCUUAUUAAGUCACUGACUUGACUUGGGGGAAUACCGGAGAAUGUUUCACUCCUGGCCUUAAGUAGCUUCCAGACAAUUUAACUGAGUGGAGAAGAUGUGGAAAAAUAAACAAGAAUCAGAGGAAGUUUGUGGGAGUUGAGGCCACUGAGGGUGAAAUGGACAGGGAGGAUUCCAGGAGGAGCCCCUGAGAUGCCUCGAUCCUUCCUAGUAAGAAGCAGAAGAUCCUCUGAAAGAAAAAAGUUGAUGGGCUUUACAGGGGAUCCAGGCCUGACUGUGAGGAGCCUUGGAGGCAAAUGGGCUGAGAUGCCCCCGUCCCCAAACCCUGACCCUGAAGCCAACUCUUCCUCUGCCUUUUCUGAGAGUGGCCUCCUUGGGCUCCAGGGUCUGGUCAGCCUCUCCUGGGAUGGUCACUGCCCCCAGACCCAGCUCCAGCCUCGGCCUGAGACCCGAGUCACUUCCCCAAGUCUAGAGCCACAACUGUUGUCACCACCCACAGCACAGGCCCCUCAGAGAUUCAAGGAGAAAGUGUUCCCCUGCGGCGUGUGCGGGAAGAGUUUCCGGCGCUCCUCGACUCUGUCCACACACCUGCUCAUCCAUUCGGGCACGCGGCCCCACCCCUGCCCCUUCUGCGCCAAGCGCUUCCAUCAGAAAUCCGACAUGAAGAAGCACACUUUCAUCCAUACCGGAGAGAAGCCCCAUCGCUGUGGAGUAUGUGGGAAAUCCUUCAGCCAGAGCUCCAACUUGCUCACUCACUUCCGGCAGCAUGGGGGCACCCGGCGCCUGCCCCAGCGGCCAAAAUGCCCACCCUCCCCGAAAUCCUCGGGCCUCCCAGUCUCCUGCCCGGUCCCUGGGUGUCCUGAGCCCCAGGGAGAAGGAAGACACCUGGUCCUAAAGCCUGAUUCUCCUGCUCAGCCACCUCAGCGCCAUCAGUGAGAAGGCUGGGAUGCAAGUCCUGGGCCUCUGGGGAGAACCUCAGACAUAGAAGUUCCAGGCAGCUGGGUUCCUCAGCACAGCAGCUCCGGCUCAAUCUCAUCUUUAUUACAAACUAAAAGGCCUCUUAGAAAACACGGACACACCACACAGACUCCAGGGGCCACGGGAACAAUACAGCAAGGACAAUCUACAAGAUACACUCAGUGCAUGGGAUGGGAAGGAGCCUUCCAGGACUGAGACAGCAGGUGUUAGGAACCUAGAACACCAUGGGGCUUUCCCUCCUCUCCCCAGCCUCCUCUGCUAAGGAAAACAAGCAAAAUGCAGGGAUCAAACAGGCCGGGGCUUUCAGGUCAGAGGGCUCCAUGGUCCUUUGCUUGGAGUGGGACAGGGCAUCUCAGUGGAAGGUCUCCACCUCCACUACAGUCCAGUCUCCCUGUGGUGAGGCAACAUCAUCUGGGGAGAAGCUAGUGACAGAGGUGAUGCUGGCCCGGGACUCAUCGAGAGGGGAGAGCAGUUCUGCCCAGCGGCCUAGCUCAGCAUCACUCAGAGGGGGGCGGCCACCCCCGGGUCCUUGCCUGGCUCCCCCUGGUCCCUCUGCAGCCAGCAGCAGGGUCCGGCUCAGCAGCUGCUGUACCACACUGGCCUGCAAUGCUCCCAGCUGCAGCUCGCCCACUCGAGCUGGCUUGGGACCACGAGGGGCUGGAGGCAUCUUCUCCACUGUCCGAUCCUCCUCUUCCUCCUGAUCCUGGACCUCCCUGCUUGGGGGUCCAAAUGCUGUUUCUGGAGCUUCUGACUCAUAGAUUGUGGAGAGGCCAUCAGGGGGCCCAGACAUAGGUGACCAGGGCAGUGACUCGCCUGUGGGAGAGAGGGACAGGGUGGAGACUUCUCCCCUCUUCAAAGAGGGGCCCUCUUCCCCCAGCCCCUUGCCCUCUGUCCCCUGGCUGGUUACCUGGGACCCCGUGGGGAAGUCGAGGGGAAGUGGUACAAGGGCUCCGGGUGGGGACCCCAGGACGGCUCCAGGCAGCAGGAUGGCAGGCAGCAAGCUCAAGGUCAGGAUCAGCUGGGGGUGAAGCUGGGGCCCCUAUCUCAGGGCCACUGUCAUAGGCUCGAAGCUCCUCAGGAGUACUUGUGGCACUGCUGCUGUGUCCAGCGAGGUCUGGACCACUCAGAGUACUAGAAGGGCUUCUGGACAGCUCCCCACCCAAGGCUCCCAAGGACAGGACGGGAUCAGGAAGGGGCAGCUCCCCAGGAGGGGGAUUCUGCAAGUGGGGCUGGGCCAGCACUGGGACUGUGGCCAGGGGAGAGGAGGUCAUGAGCCUGAUGGGCAGGGGAUGGGGAGGGGCUUGCACAAGAGGUAUGGAUUGAGGAGAGGGAGGGGCCUGUAUGGGGGUGGUGUCCAGGGGAGAGGGAGGGGCCUGUAUGGUGGUGGUGUCCAGGGGAGUGGGAGGAGCCUGCAUAGGGGGUGUGGCCAGGAGAGAGGGAAGGGCCUGCAUGAGGGAUGUGUCCUGGGGAGAGGGAAGGGCCUGCAGGGGUGUGUCCAGGGGAGAGGGAGGGACCUGCACAAGAGGUGUGUUCAGAGGAGAGGGAGGGGCCUGAACAGGGUGUGUGUCAAAGGGAGAGGGAGGGACCUGUAUAGAAGGUGUGUCCAGAGGAGAGGGAGGGGCCUGCACAAGGGGUGUGUUCAGGGGAGAGGGAGUGGCCUGUAUAGGGGGCGUGUCCACGGGACAGGGAGAAGCUUGGUGAAUGGAGCCCUGGGACAAAAGGGAGGAGGGGACCUGCACAAGGGGUGACGAGAAAGGAGGAUCCUGAAGAGGAGGUUUGGCCAAGGGUGGGGAGGGCGGGACCAAGUGAAAAGGCGGGGCUUGUUGAGAGUGUGUGUCUAUAGGAGAGGGAAGGGCUUGCAGAGGGGGUGAGGCCAACGGAGGAGAGGACUGAAGAGGAGGUGUGGCCAAGGGAGGAGAGGGUGAGAAUAAAUUAGAGGAUGGAUCUGAGGGAAUAGGGGGAACCUGUGUGGGUAAAAUGGUGAGCCCGUGAGAGGGAGGGGUUAAGGACAGUGGCGGAUUCUGUAAAGGGGACGUGGUUAAGGGAAAGGCCUGCAGACAAGAUGUGGCCAGAGGGGGAGAGGGUGGGGACGAGGGAGUGGGUGGAACCUGCACAAGGGGUGUGGCCAAGAGAGAGUUAGCCUUUUGUUCAGGGGAUGUGGCUAAUGGAGAGAGCGGGUCCUGAAGAGUGGAAGUGCUUAAAGGAAUAGGAAUAGUCUGGACAGUUGAGAGAGGGGCCUGCAGAGCUGUGGCUGGAGAGGGCAGGGUCUGGAGAGGAGGUGUAGCUAAGGGAGAAAGUGGAGCCUGGAGAGGCGUGGAGAGGAAAGGUGUGGCUAAGAAAGGAGAAAGUGGGCCCUUCUGGAAGGAUGAGGCUAGAGAGGAAUUGACUUGCUCGUGGGGGAUGGCCAAGGAAAAGAGAGGGAUUUGUGUAGGGGGUGUGGCUAAGGGAGAGAGUGGAGCUUGCUGAGGGGAAGAGGCCAUAGAGGAAUUGACUUGUGGAAGGGGUGUGGCCAAAGAGGGUGGUGCUUGUGGAGUGGGUGGGGCUUGUAUAUGGGAUAGGGCUAAGGGGGAGGCCUGCUGGGGGGAUGAGCCGAGAAGGGAAUUGGCUUGUGAAGAGGGUGUGCUCAAAGAAGAGGGAGAGGCUUGUGGAGAAGGUGUGGCUAAGGGAGAGAGAGGGACUUGUAUAGGGGGUGUGACUAGGGGAGAGGUUGAGGCCUGCUGGACAGAAGAGGUCUGAGAGGAAUUGGCUUGUGGAGGGAGUGUCACCAAAGAAGAGCGAGGGGUUUGCUUAGGGGGUGUAGCUAAGGGAGAGGGUGGGGCUUGCUGAGGGGAUGGGGCAUGGGGAUGGGGUGGGGCUCGAAUCGGGGGUGUUGCUAGGGGAGGGGUUGAGGCCUGCUGGACAGAAGACGCCUGAGAGGAAUUGGCUUGUGGAGGGAGUGUCACCAAAGAAGAGAGAGGGGCUUGCUUAGGGGGUGUGGCUAAAGGAGAGGGCGGGGCUUGAAUCGGGGGUGUGGCUAGUGGAAAGGUUGAGGCCUGCUGGACAGAAGAGGCCUGAGAGGAAUUGGCUUGUGGAGGGAGUGUCACCAAAGAAGAGAGAGGGGCUUGCUUAGGGGGUGUGGCCAAAUCAGAGGGCGGGGCUUGUAUGGAGGGUGUGGCUAGUGGAGAGGUUGAGGCCUGCUGGACAGAUGAGACCAGAGAGGAAUUGGCUUGUGGAAGGGGUGUAACCAAAGAAGAGCGAGGGGCUUGCUUAGGGGGUGUAGCUAAGGGAGAGGGUGGGGCUUGCUGAGGGGAUGGGGCAUGGGGAUGGGGUGGGGCUUGAAUCGGGGGUGUUGCUAGGGGAGGGGUUGAGGCCUCCUGGACAGAUGAGGCCAAAGAGUAAUUGGCUUGUGGAGGGGGUGUGGUUAGGAGAGAGGGUGAGACCUGUUGGGAGGAUGAGGCCAGAGAGGGAGGGGCUCGUGGAGGGGGUGUGGCCAAGGAAGAGAGAGGUGCUUGCAUAGGGGGUGUGGCUAAGGGAGAGGGUCCGACCUGCGGAUCUUUUCUUCUAGUCAAGGGUGUGGAGGGAAGGGAGGGACCCUUAGACUGGAUUACUGGGCAGGUUGAGGGCUCGACCAAUGAAGAAGCUGAGGUGCUGUCCUGACGACGUGUGGGUCCAGGGAGACGAGACUGAACCCCCAGAGAACCUUCGCUGGGCUUCCUCCUGGCUGCGGAGGCUGGGCUGGAGACUGGAUCUCCAAGGUUCUUCGGGGUUUUUCUCGGGGCUGAGGCUGGGGCUUUGGGCAGGGGGGAGGGCCGGGUCCUGGAUUUGGGGGGUGCUCUCGGAGACCCCGGCUCGGGUCCUGAGGCCCCAGCCAUACGGG